AUGCCUUUUGACGUUUCUCUUUACUCGGUCCAAGCGACCAUCAUUCUGGACAACGAGGGUAAGCGGUUAUUUGCAAAGUACUACCAUCCGCCACAUAAAGUCUCUGAUGACGAGCUAAUUACCAGUGAAAAGAAACAGGCCAGUUUCGAGGCCUCCUUGUUCAAAAAGACCUUCAAGCUCAGUUCCGACAUCAUAUUGUUCGAAAACAAGGUGGUAGUGUACAGAGAGUUUGCGGACGCCGCCGUUUACUUGCUCGGAGACCUCAACGAGAACGAAAACUUGCUAUACAACGUUCUCCAAGGAUUGGUUGGUGCCUUGGAGAUCAUUUUGAGAAACCAGAUCGAUAAAAAGUCCAUCCUAGAGAACUACGACAUGGUGAUUUUGGCAAUUGACGAGACUGUUGACGACGGGAUUGUUUUGGAAACAGACCCAAGUGUUAUCGCAUCCAGAGUGUCCAAGCCUCCUACCGAAGACAACACCAACAUCAAGAUCGAUCUAUCAGAGAAGGGUCUUCUCAGUGCAUUCAAUUUUGCCAGAAAGAACAUUUCUGACCGUUUACAGCAAGGAUUCUGA